AAUUGGUAGUUGUGAUGUCACAAAUCAUGUGCAUGGAGAAACUUUUCCCCCCCGUCAGCAGAUGAAAACAUCAAAGUGAAGGAACAAGAAGCGACCUUAAAUUUUUCGCACUACAGAAUCAGCUCUUGUCAAAUGUAAAAUAUUCUCCCUCUUCCUUAAAAGUGUCCAUGCAAAGAUUUAAAAAUUAAAUGUUAAAAUACAUAUUUAUUAUUAUUUUUUUUAAAAAAAGAAAACAGAUGGCUGAAGGUUACAGCUGAAGGACAUUUUGAGCCAGUGUCAUCACAGGUCAUUACCCCCUCAUAUUACUUUAAUGUCAACAUUGCAGUCAAUAAGAUCCCACAUUAACUGUAUGCAUGCAACAUAUUGAGCGGGUACUAAACCUUUAGCCAGCCGAUAUAGUUUUUUACACCACAGUGUCAUGUAUGUCACAGCCUGAACUACUGUAUAUUUUAGACCUACACCACCAAACUGAACUGAAUACAAGAACGUUGAGAUAGUCAUUUGAUGUUAACGAGAAAGUCCAGUGUAAUGGCUCUGAGCCCAUUUGCUUUGUUUAUCAGUGCUGCUCAUCGAUUUUCCUGUCAGUUCCUCUCAGCCAUAACAUGGCAUUGAUUAGUUUCCAGUGUUGGCGAACGUUGCACGGCAACAUGCGAGCUGCAGGCCAGUCCCCUGCCAUGUGCCAGAGUGGAGAGUUCAACAUUGACGUCUGAAUGACAGAAGUACAUUUGUUUUGCCUAAAUAUGAACCAUGAAAGAGGAGAGUAAAUGUUUUUGAAAACACUUGUCAAAAAAGUGUCCUAAAGGAUGGAUAUUUGAGUCACAGCUGCCUAGUGGUCAAGGCCAAGAAGGAUCUAACAUUCUGGUUUCAAAUCAGGUAUGUGUUUAUUUACAUGGACUGAGACUUUGCUUGGUUGAAGAUUUGACCAACUAGUGGGAGCAGAGAGAUUUUUCUACAAUGUAACUGCUGCCUUCCCUUUGCAGCAACACUCUGUGAGUCAACUAUUGAGAUUAUCCAGUAUUUGAGGGCAGAGUAUUUUUGGGAGGGGCACAGCUAGAUUGGCAUUCUGGGAAAUCAGAGCAGAGAGGAAUUUGAUACGGUGGGGCUACAGAAUAUUAACUGUCACUGAGUAGUUCCUUUUUUACAUUCAUAAUGUUUCCAAAUUUAGAAUAAAAAAUACUGUGGCAAAUUUUACAUAAAUAAAAUUGAGGAAAUGUACAGUAUAAAUCCAGUAUAGCAAGAAAACUACAUCAUGACUACAGUAAUGUAGCCAACAGUGUUAUUGAGUACUAGAACUGUAGUAAUAGGCCAAACAUCUUUCUAGAAAAUGAAAGAGAACAAAAUAAGAGAGAACUGUAAAAACAAAGAUUGCUCAGGAUCUCUUUGGCCUGAAUAAAAAUAGAAACGUGUUUUUCUAAUCACCAAAAGGCCAGCAGAGCUCCAUGUCUGACUCAGACCUUAUGAAGAGUGGGGUACCAGCCAGCAGGGGCCCCGAAUUCCGCUCGCCUCCAAGACCCAGGAUGGAGCUGCUCAGCCCCUCCAAGGUACUUUCUUUGGAGUCUGAUGUACUGCCUGAAUACAAACUCCAGGUGCCAGAGACCACAUGGUGGAUCUUGCUUCACUACAGCCCCUUCAAGGCGUUUUGGGACUGGAUUAUUCUCCUCCUGGUCCUCUACACAGCUGUUUUCACUCCUUACUCAGCUGCCUUCCUCUUGGAUGAACACGGGGAUUUACGCCAAAGGAGUUGUGGUUAUACAUGUAACCCUCUGAAUGUGGCGGACCUUAUGGUGGACGUGCUGUUCAUUGUGGAUAUAGUCAUCAACCUUCGCACAACGUACGUGGACCAAAACGACGAGGUGGUCACACAGCCGAGCCAGAUAGCCAAGCACUAUGUCAAAGGCUGGUUCCCUAUCGAUCUGUUCGCAGCGGUCCCGUUUGACCUCCUCAUUUUCAGAUCUGGCUCUGAUGAGAUGGCAACCUUAACAAGCCUCCUGAAAACAGCUCGGCUGCUGCGAUUGGUCCGCGUGGCAAGAAAGCUGGACCGAUAUUCUGAAUAUGGGGCCGCUGUCCUCUUCUUGCUUAUGUGCACCUUUGUGCUCAUCGCCCAUUGGCUCGCCUGCAUUUGGUACGCUAUUGGCUUUGUGGAGAGGCCGUACACGGAGACCGGCUGGCUGGACAACCUGGCCGAACAACUAGGCAAGUCCUACAACGACAGUGACUCCACCUCUGGCCCAUCGGUCAAAGACAAGUACGUCACUGCUCUUUACUUCACCUUGAGCAGUUUGACGAGUGUGGGGUUCGGUAAUGUCUCUCCAAACACAAACUCAGAGAAGAUCUUCUCCAUCUGCGUCAUGGUCAUUGGCUCUCUCAUGUAUGCCAGCAUAUUUGGUAAUGUGUCAGCCAUCAUCCAGCGGCUGUACUCCGGAACAACCCGCUACCACACCCAGAUGCUGCGAGUCAAAGAGUUCAUCCGAUUCCACCAAAUCCCAGGUAGCCUUCGCCAAAGGCUGGAGGAGUACUUUCAGCAUGCCUGGUCCUACACAAAUGGCAUUGACAUGAAUGCUGUGUUGAAGGGAUUUCCAGAGUCUUUGCAGGCAGACAUCUGUUUGCACUUGAACAGAUCUCUGCUACAGAACUGCAAGGCUUUCCAUGGAGGCAGUCAAGCAUGUCUGCGUGCCUUGGGUAUGAGGUUCAAGACAGUCCACGCUCCUCCAGGAGAUACUCUGAUCCACUACGGAGACAUCCUGGACUCUGUCUUCUUCAUUUCACGUGGUUCCAUUCAGAUCACCAGGGAUGAUGUGGUGGUUGCCAUAUUAGAAAAGAAUGAUGUCUUUGGGGAGCCUAUCCAUCUGUAUAAUGAGCCAGGGAAGUCCAAUUCAGAUGUCCACACCAUCACCUAUUGUGACCUGCACCGCAUCCUGAGGGACGACCUGCUGGAGGUCCUUGAUAUCUACCCCGGCUUUGCAGACAACUUCUGGAGGAACUUGGAGAUAACUUUUGACCUGAGAGAUGCUGAUCAAGUACCUCCAAUAAUAACAGCUGAUUCUGGUGACGACUGUGGGUAUCGCCACAAGCCAAGACACAGAAUCCACUCACUGGACUGCCGAAUCAGGCCAGAUGGAAUUGAUCAUGAAGACUCGUACCCCCUUCAGUCCUUCCGUCAUCGUCACACACCUCCUCAGGCCCACUGGGAUGACCGCUGUAGCUGCGGAUCCCCAUGUUCCCUGUCAAGUGAAGACCUGGCUAAGCCCCUUGCCCACAGUGCCAAAGUAGAGCUUUACUCUCCAGAAGAUCCCAGACGGGACUACCCCCCCUCUGUAGUGCAGCUGCUACCCCAGAGUGGCACCUCAGUAGGGAGGGAAGCAGUGUUGGACCUCGGCCACCAAGCUUCGUCUUUGAAUGUGCCGGGAAUGUAUCAAUACUGGCCAGACCGACGGUCGCAACAGUUUUCCAGUCGUGCCUGGCGAUCUUCCUCUGUCCGGAACUCAUACCACCCUCCACCAUUCACAGAAGAGCGGCCCAGUGAGCUAGAGUCUCGACUUGAGGUUUUACAUUCACAGCUCAACAGACUGGAGACUCGCAUGACAGCCGACAUCAACGUUAUUCUCCAGCUUCUCCAGAGGCAGAUCGCUCCGGUACCUCCUGCUUACAGCACUGUGUCGUCUAGUAAUCUCCCUACUGACUCACGUGGCCUUUAUGGGACUGGGACAUCAGUGCUGCACAGCAUGUACCCCAUUUCUCCCAUAGAGAUGGACAGCCGGGCACCCACACAGAGCUCUACCCAGACUGACCUUAAAUUCCAAAAGUCCCAGGAGUCACUGUCCAGCGGUAUUCAUGUGACUGUGGCGUCAGAUGACACCAUGUUCAUGACUGUCACCCCCGAAACUGAGACCCAUACAGGGUUGACUCCACAGCUGCCCCAGCCAUCAGUCAAGUCCUCCCUCAUGGAGAACCCCAGAUUGUGCGGCAGCCUCCGCUACCCCUCACUGCCGGGGAACCUGGACAUCACCUCAGGACUGUCCGAGAUCCAGAAACACCUCUCAGACCCUGUGCUGCCUGUCAUCUGAAGGCCUUCAGUAAGAGUUUUUGUGGCAACCAGUGUGACCUUGAAAGUAGUAAUACGCUGCUACUGACAGACUUUUGGAAGGAGCCACAUGACUUGUCCAAGAUUCAUGUAUCAUUACACAUUUGGACAGUGAGUAGUGUCUCAAAAUCAGAUAGUGGUGGGCUACAAGGAUUUCCAUUUCAUAGUGUUGACAGGAUUACACUCAGUGGCGAUUGCAACACAGUUAUCAUACUUUUUAAAGGACAACUGCUAAUUUACAGUAUGUGCGUGAUAAAGAGUGUACAGGAGUCACAUUUUCUUUACAUCUCAUAGUCCUGUUUUACAUCUUCUUGUUCCAUCCCAGUUCAGUAAAUUUUGUGAGUGCCAUCUCUAUCAUGUCACGUUUAAUGUCAUCAUGUCAUGUCCUGAUCUCAUUUAAAUCCUUAGUAAUUAUUUUCCUGGCUGACUAGUACAGAGCUUCUACCCACAAACUAGAGCCUGACCGAUACUGAACUUGUGAGGCCAUUACUGAUAUAGUUAUUUGAGAGUAAAUGAAUAGUUCCACGUUUUGGGAAAUACGCUUAUUUGCUUUUUUGCCAAGAGUUAGAUGAGAAGAUUGAUACCACUCCUACAUCUGUGCGGUAAAAGCUUAGCUUAGCACAAAGACUGGAAACGGGAGAAUCAGCUAGCCUGGCUCUGUCUAAAGUAGGGCUGAAGGAUGUGCAAAAAAAAAAAAAUCAGAUUGUGAUUAUUGUGACAGAUAUUGCGAUUGUGAUGAGUCACAAUUUUAGUGGGAUGGUCAUUUUUGCAUUCCAUUUUCACUGAAGAAAUGUGAUUUUUGCUGGGGUCUGUACCAAACAAGCAUGAUCCCUGUGUGGAGAAUCAGAUUUGUAGGCCAGGGCAUCUCCGUAGCACGACAAUGCUUCAUUUAUAAUGGUAUGUUGUGACACAUUUUACCUUUAUCAAAAAAUUGCAGCUCCUGCAAUUUGGAUAUUGCAGUUGGCCAUAUUCUGAUUUGAAUAUUGAUGAUUUCAAUAUUUCAAUUAAUUGUUCAGCCCUAGUCCAAAGAAAAUUCAGAAAAAUCCAGAAUAGAACCUCUAAAGCUCACUAAUUAACAUGUUAAAUCUCGUUUGUUUAAUUUGCACAAAAUCUGAAGUGUAAAAACUUCACUCCCCAUUUCCCGUUUCCCCAUUUUCAGUCUUUAUGCUAAGCUAACUGGAUGCUGGCUGUAGCUUCAUAUUUACUGUACAGAUAUGAGCGUGGUAUCAAUCUUCCCAUCUAAUUCUCAGGAAAAAAAGUAAAUAAGCA